CCUCCCCCUCUUCUUCCCUCGGUUCAAUUUUGCCUUCAAAUGUAAACCCAAACUUUGUCCCAGGGUUCAAGAGGAAAAAAACAGUCUCUUCCUCGACAAUGGCGAGCUUCCUCUCUCCAUCCUUCUCCCUCUACACGCCAAUCCCAUCCAGAACCCCAAAACUAGGGUUUCUCAAGUGCACCAAUCAAACCCUCUCAUUUCGUCCCAAAGCCCUCAGCCUCAAAAUCUCAUGCUCUCAUAGCCCAAAUUCUUCACUUCUAGCAUCCUUUUCCCAAAAAGCUUGCAUCUUGAUUGUUGGGUCUCUUCUUCUCAUGGGCAGAUUCAACCCCAAGCCAGCACUGGCUUUAUCUAAUGCUCCAAAAACUAGUUUUGAUGAGAAAUUGGAGGAAAGAAAGGAAACGCAGAAAGAGAAAGAGGGGGAUGAGGAGAUGUAUGCAAAGAUUUUGGAGAGGAACCCAACUGAUGUUGAGGCUUUGAAGGUGGUUUUGUAUGGGAGGAUGAGGAAGGGGAAAAUGGCUGAGGCUGUGAAGUUGGUUGAGAGAUUGAUUGAGUUAGAGCCUGAGGAGGUUGAGUGGAGAUUGUUGGAGGCCCUUUGCUGUGAGAUGAUGGGGGAUUUGGGGAAGGCGAAGAAGCUGUUUAGGGAGAUCUUGAAGGAGAGGCCUCUGUUGAUUAGAGCUCUGCAUGGAUUGGCACUGGCUAUGCAUAAAAAUCGUGAAGGCGCAGCUGUUUUUGAAAUGCUGAACAAAGCUUUGGAACUUGCACAUCGGGAGAAUAGAGUUACAGAAGAGCGAAAUAUAAAGCUUUUGAUUGCGCAAAUGCAUGUGGUCAAGGGUGACUUGGAAGAGGCAUUGAAGCUAUUUCAAGAUCUUGCAAACCAGAAUCCCAGAGAUUUUCGGCCAUUUCUUUGUCAGGGGAUCGUAUACAGCUUAUUAGACAAAAAGAAUGAGGCUGAUGAACAGUUUGAGAUCUACCGCAGCCUCAUUCCCGAAGAAUACCCACAAAGAGGCUUCAUCAACGAUGUUAUAUUGGCCGCGAAAACAGAGUCACGAGAGAAGCUUCAGAAAGAUUUUGAAGCUGAGUUCUCAUACAAGAAGUAAGAUCAUGGUGUUGGAAUGGAAAUCGUGUUAAGAGGAAUUAUCGCAUUGGUGAGGGUCAAGGGAGCUGUAAACUUAUCGCUGGUUUUGCACGAACGCCCAUGAGCUUUACAUACGGGGUUCCCCCUCAGCCUGCUUCGCUAAAAUGCGGCUGACUGACGGAAAUUAGUUCAAGUUGUCACGUGCUUCACAAGUAACAUGUUUUCUUGACAACUUCGUCUUCUUGUGUUUUUUUCACUUUCAGCGGGAGCUUUUUAGGUUAGAAUUGAUUAGAUACCAAUGAGGGUAAUUUAGAACUUUCAUACUUUAUGUUAAUGUUGUUUACGACGAUUUCAAAUAGCUCAGGAGGGUGUGUAUAACUUUGAAAGUUCACGAGGGCUUUCUGUUAGUUGCAAAGUUUAGAGAGGUUUUCUGCAAAACACCCCAAGUUCACGGAGA